AGAUUUCUGAUUUCUGAGUCUCUGCGUCGCUCGCGGUGCAAGUUUUGGGGGAGCUUGAAGCCACGUUGUGCGCUACUACGGAUUCGCCAACUUGGACGUUAGUGAAGCAAGCGUCGAUCACUUGGUAGCCCGUGACUGGGAUCACCGGUUCCAGAUGGACGACACAACCGCCCUGACGGAGUCCGAUUCGCAUGGACGGCGGGGCCGGGUGCGCCUGUACCUGGCGGUGAGCUCGGCCUGCAUGGCGGCGCUGUCUUUCGGCCUGACGCUAAGCUACUCGUCGCCUGCCCUGCCGGACAUCCGACGCCGGAUGCCCUUCAGCGACAGCCAGGGGGACUGGUUCGGAUCGCUCGUCACGAUCGGAGCUCUCUUCGGAGGACUCGCAGGAGGACAGCUCGUUAACAGAAUCGGCCGGAAGGACACGAUCCUCUUCGCUGCGCUGGGUUUUGUCCUGGGUUUCCUGCUCAUCGAGAUGCUACCCAAUCCGGGGCUAAUGUUCGCCGGCCGCGCACUAACCGGCUUUUCGACGGGCAUCACGGCACUCGUGGUACCGGUCUUCGUGUCGGAAGUCAGCCCCGCCCACAUCCGGGGCAUCCUGAACACCAUCUGCACCAUCGCCGUCACUUCCGGAGUGCUCCUAGCGUAUGUCCUGGGCAAGUGGCUCGACUACAGAUGGCUGGCCACAGCGUGCAUGGUCCCUACAGUCAUCAACGUGCUCACCAUGCCCGAGGUAGCGGAGUCUCCCCGCUGGCUUUUCCACUCUGGGCGCUCGGAGGAAGCCAUGAGGUCUUUGCAGUUCUACGAAGGCGACGGCGCCAAGGAGAGCUUCGAGAUGCUGCAGUCCCACUCGUCCGUCCCUGAGGCGUUCUCACUGGCCGCCUUCAAGCUUCCGUACGUUUACAAGCCCUUCUUGUGCGUGCUUUUGGGUAUGUUCCUCCAGCAGUUCUCCGGCAUCAGCAUUGUACUGUUCUACACCCAAGACAUCUUCGAGACGGCGGGGUCUACGAUAGCGUCCGCAGACAGUGCCAUUAUCGUCGGCGUGGUGCAGGUCGCGUGUGGGGUCUUGGCCACUUUGCUCAUCGAUCGUCUCGGCCGGAAGAUACUUCUGCUAUUUUCUUGUAGCGUGUCCUGCUUGAGCCUGGUUACCCUGGGAGCCUUCUACCACCUCAAGGACAGCGUCGGGCCGAGCUUCGUCGCGGCGUACGGCUGGCUGCCACUGCUGGCGUUGUGCGUGUACAUGCUGGGCUAUUCUGUGGGGCUGGGCCCGUUGCCGUGGAUGUUGAUGGGCGAAAUGCUGCCGCCCAACAUCAAGGGCUUCGCGACGGGCAUCUCGACCGCCUUCAACUUCGGGUGUGGCGCCCUGAUCUUGAGAGAGUAUCACUCCGCGAUGUACUUAUUGGGUAACGACGGUUUGUACUGGUUCUACGGCGCUAACAUGGCGCUAGGGUUUUUGCUGGUGCUGCUUUUCAUUCCAGAGACGAAAGGCAAGACGUUGGAAGAGAUCGAGGUGUCGUUUGGGAAGACGCGGCAGCCUGCGAUGCCGAGAGCAACGUCGGAUUCUGUUAACGCUUAAACCUGGCCUGCCUUAGGCUGGAAAGGCGAAUGGAAUGUGCUGUGACAAGCGGUAGGAGAUUAUUCUAGGUUGCGAACGAAGAGGUAUACUUCGUUUGAUACUUAGUAUACAACGCUGUCAAAGCUUCUGGCGCGAGCGCAUGACUUUAUUUAUAAUUCCGUUUGGCGCAAGAACGCGUGCAAUAAUCUGCGAGAUAAAAGCCCAUGCUCGCGCCAGCAGCUUUGACAGCGUUGUACACUAAAUAUAAAUCAACAUAGAAGCCAAAUAGUAUGCUUGGUUUUGUGAGUUUUUUUUUUUUUUUCUUUUUUGGAAGUUUUUUUUGAGGACCGUCCGCGCGUUUAUAGUUUCCAGCGAAUCUGAAUAAGACACGGCUUGCUUUGGUCAGCUUUUGCGAUCCGUCCAUGACAUGGCAGAAAACGAAGAGCUGAAGUUAAUUCUGCUGUGUGACUUUGUAAAGACAAGCACCUGUUUUCCCGUGCGCGCAAUCUCAACGAGUUAUUGAGCUCUGCCUUUCCCAUGUACAAAACGAUUUGACUGCAGAAGCAUUCUCUGAAAGGAACUUGAAACCACUGUCUGAACGCGGUGCGUUUUGUAGUUUAAACGAUCUAUGCCUGUACUGCAGGCAGUGCCCGUUGUGAUUCUGUGAAUUCCCUUUUAUGUUUUAUUAUAUAUUUAUAUCUUAUAUAAAUUGCAGUGCCCUUCGGCUUUCAUUUGUUUUCCUUUCAUAUUUGACACGAGGGCUCGGCAACAAAAAUAAACCAUUCUUUUGUGGCAGC